AUGUCGGGCCUCCGCGCUGCUCCAGGCGUGUUCGACCUCCAGCACAGCACUUCGUUCCAAGAGCCACAAUCUAAACCCCAAUACUCAUUGGGACAGGAUGAUGAACAAGUUCCCCAGAGUGACAUGCCCCAGGAGAGUGAUGAUUACGAGGAAGAAGUGGACGAAACUGUCAAAGAGGAUAUGAAGAAGCUCGAAGAUACAUUCCCAGGGAUCUCAGAUCGGUUUCGUCUCGUGAACAGGAUCGGAGAAGGAACAUUUUCCACAGUUUACAAGGCAGAGGACCUCCAUUAUGAUGCACACAAAAACGACUGGGAUAUCUUUGCUUCAGCACAAGACAACUAUGCGGAGCCUCCAUCUAAACGACGCCGAGUCGAGGGCCAGCCAACCGAACGGAAAAAGCCGAGAUUUGUCGCCCUAAAGAAAAUCUACGUCACGAGUAGCCCAUUACGAAUUCAGAACGAGCUGGAAUUGUUGCAUGAUCUCCGAGGAUGCGGGUCUGUUUGCCCGCUGAUCACUGCGUUUCGAUAUCAGGAUCAAGUCGUCGCUGUGUUACCCUAUUUUCCACAUACCGAUUUUCGCAUCCAAUACCGCACAUUCAUGGUUGCAGACAUGCGCCAUUAUCUACGAUCCCUCCUGACCGCUCUAAACUCGGUACAUGAACAUGAUAUCCUUCACCGUGAUAUCAAACCAACCAACUUUCUCUACAAUCCAGACUUAAAACAAGGUGUCCUAGUCGACUUUGGACUGGCAGAGCGCCAAGGUUCAGAAUACACCAGCCCGUGUCUCUGUACUCACCAAAGCUAUGCUCGGCGAAGCCGAAUCCUUACGAGCUAUUAUUCAAAGAACCCUCCAUCCACUGGAUUGUCAGCCGGCUACCCCAAGAAUGAUUCGCGGCCAUCACGGCGAGCGAACCGCGCUGGAACUAGAGGCUUCCGUGCCCCAGAAGUUCUCUUCAAAUGCACAUCACAGACCACCAAGAUUGACAUGUGGUCAGUUGGUGUCAUUCUCUUAACUUUAUUGGGACGGCGGUUUCCCUUCUUCAAUUCUGCCGAUGAUAUCGAUGCGAUGAUUGAAAUGUCGAGCAUAUUCGGUACUCGGCGCAUGAAAACCGCUGCGGCCAUGCAUGGUCAGAUUUUUGAGACAAAUAUUCCAACCAUCGGUGAAAAGGGCUACAGCUGGGAGAAGCUGGUGAAAUGGUCCAGCUGUGUGGAAGAUUUGACGGAAAGCGAGCAACAAGCAACACGUCUGUUGUCUGGACUCAUGGAAUUGGACCCAUCCAAGCGCCUCAGUGCCGCAGACGCCCUGCAGCAUGAAUUCUUCACAGAUCCCAUUCACCAUGAUGUGGAAUGGGGAGGUAACCCGGAAGAAAGCGCGGAGUCGGCAGAGGAGGAGGAAGAAGACGAGGCAGAUGAGGUUGCCAUGCUAUGA